UUUAGUGCGGGAUGUAAACAUGUCUGCGCCCUUUCCAAACGCGAGUCCUUCGGGCAAACUCGUUUUUGAAAAAUCGUCUUUCUUACACAAGAACAGUCGACAUAAGAAAUUUAUUUCAGAACAUUAUUUUAAUGCAUGUGUUUCUGUGCUCCUUCCAGGGGAGGCAAUUCCCCCUAACAUCUCCAGCCAGCUGGACAAUGAAGAAGCAUACCUGGUUCACAAACUGCCGCUGAUUCGUCUCAUAGACAAGGAAUUCAUUGAGGCAUUUGUCAAAAAAGGAUGUAUGUACUUCCUGUCACAUGACACGCAGCUUGACGUCCAUGAUUGUGUAGCACUGCUGCCAUCUGGGACACUGGUGUUAAAUGUUACCAAGGAUACAUAUGAACAACUUGGUCUGGAAGGAAAGCCGUCAGUCUUCACACCAAGACACCAAAAACCUAACAAAUAUGUCAUCCAUAUUGACCUGACCGCCGACUGCUUCAUGCCAGGGAGGAAGAACUACAACCGUGUGUGGUGGUGUCUCAAGGAUCGCCUCAACCUGGUGUUCAACUUCCUCGUCAGAUGGGUACCAGAUGAUAACAACAUCUGCCCGAGUUCCAUCCAACAAUAUUUUGAAAACAAUGGAUAUGAGGUCAGUGAACUUGGAGUUAAGCAGAAGUCAUCGUUGCUGAAAAACCGACUGACCCCUGAACUGUCUGACAGCAGUGUGAAGACGUCAGACGACAGCUGCAUGACGACCUAUGAGUGGUUUGGAGCUGUGUCUUGUGGGGCAAAACUGGAUGGUGCAGCGGAUCACUUCCUGAACACAUACCGACCUCCUGACCCCUCCACACCACAGGACAUAGGUCACCACCAGGGUACAGGAUUUAUCUCCCCUGAUGUCAUUAACAGAGUUCUGGACUCCGUCAGAUCACAUGUAGAGAAGAACAGCAACAAGACUCUCUGGGCUGCGGUCACAGUUCACGGGUUCGCCGACUCCCCAGUGUCCUGGAGCAAGCGAGAACAUGGCUUCUACCUAGGGGGAGACAACUUGUACACUUACAUUGUAUUUCCUGAUCAGCAGUACUGGUUGUACUCUGCCUUCUCCACAUACGAUGAAGGAUAUUAAACUACAAACAACA